AUGACUGAUCGAGCUAGGUCUCGAUCACCUCCCCUUUCUAUGGCCACUCCGCCAACCUAUGAAGAUUCACGUAAAGUGAAUCUUAACCUGUUUCAGGAGCUACGUACCGAUGAAACCGACAGUUAUUCAACUGUGGAUGACAAAAGUGAGAGAGACGGGGAAUUUAAACUCCCUAGGAGAGAGAAGAAGAAGGAAAAGUCUAAAAAGAAGAGAGAGGAGAAAGACAGAAAAUGCGACGAGAAAAAGAAAUCAGAGGAAAAGAAAAAAGACAAGGAAAACCCAGAAGUAGAGGCCAUGGAGAAAGAAGUCCCCGACGAGGCAGGUAGAGGUACCACCAAAAGGGCUAGGACAGCCAACGAAGAAAACAACAGCAAAGAUGAGCUCCUAAAAGAGCUAGCAGACCAAAAAGAACUGAUGAGACAGCUGUUCGAAGCCACCAAAACCAGAGAAGCCCAGUACGAGAAACGGCUGGUAAAAAAGGACAAAGAGAUAGCCCAGCUGAGGGCUGAAAUAACGGAGCUGAAAGACGCGAUGGUCAAGUCACAAAAGCAGGUGGUGGACCGACUAGACGUGCUAAUGGAAGCCCCCAACGAAACUGCCGAAGCCAACGACUGGAAAGUGUAA